GUCUUGUCUGCUGUGGCAAGCAAAAGACUUGAGGUAACUUUUGUAUGAGGAAGUGGACGAACAUUCAAUGACCAGAAUGCUAAACACACAUUGGCUUGGAAACGCUGGCAACUUCUUCAUGCUGUUUCUUGUUACCAGUGCUAUAAGCAACCUUUCAUCCGAGGAAAUGAGCAACAGAUGCAAUAGUAAAACUGUGAUACCUGAAAUGGAUAUCUUCUCAAGUCCGCCAAACCGCAAAUUAAGAGUAGGUGCAGAUAUUAACUUGACUUGCAUAGCGUGGCCAAGGAAUGACCACCAGCUAUAUCCUAGGAAAUGGACCAAGUAUAUUCAGUGGUAUGAUCCUCAGGGUAGCCCAGUUGGAGCCAAAUGCCUGCAGGGUACACCAAGAGUCAAAGAGCUACACUGCAUAUUAAUGCUCAAGAGGUCGACUAUGGAACAGUUUGGAAACUACACUUGUGAGGCUCAGAAUUAUUAUGAGGGAUACUGCAGGCAAAAAGUUGUCGAAAUUGAGCUUCAAGUUUUCCUGGCACCAGAGAUUGUGGAGGAUCCUAAGAACCAAACUGUUCAUGCUGAUUUCCACGCAAUCUUUAACUGCGCCGCCAGAGGUCAUCUCAUGCCGUCUAUCACGUGGAUGAAGAACGAUGACGCACUUGUUGUACACUCUAACCUACGGACUAAAGUAGCUAAGAUUUUCCUCGACGACAAGCAAAUUCAUAGCAAACUGGUAGUAAAGGGUGUAAUGAGGGAAGAUAAUAGAAAAUAUUACUGCUUUGCAAUUAAUAGUGGGGAGGAAGAACCAUCAAAGCCUGUAUUCUUGUCCACAAAGGAUCUAAGUGAGACACGUGCUCUAUAUUUCCUAUCUUGGCAUUAA